AAAUUAAAAAAAAGAGAGCAGUAAACAACCCAUAAAACCAUGCUCUGAAAUUCUGAAUGAUAUGACCUAUUUUCAUCCAACGCUUGAUGAUCUACCCUAUGAAUGGAUUAUAUAUGCCAAUCUCACUGUAGAUGACGAAUUACGACACGGCUAAAAUCUCUCCAAAAGUUUGCAGCUAAAAUUUCCUGAUACGAGCUUCAAUGGCGACGGAAUCCGCGGCCCAGUUGCUCGAAAAAGUCAGAUCCCACUUGCUGGAGCUCGCUGGAUCGAAUCCCGACACACCUUCUGCAACUCCUUUGCCCACAUUAUAUGAAAUAGUGGCGAAUUCGGAAACAGGGCCCUUUCGAUGCCAAAAAUGUCGGGCCUCGCUGCUACGCGGCCCAAACUCUCAAAUCUGUGCUGCCUGUGGAACAGAGAGAGAAGGUGUCGCUUCAUCUUUCCAGAUUUCUUUUGCUUCUACUUUGGCGUACCAGCUGCUUAUGAAUUCCUUUCAGCCCCAGGAUUCGGAGGUGGCUACUGGAAAGGGUACUCAACAUGUUGAAGCAGCAAGCUUGCAAACUCAACAGACAGAAACGGUGGAUGGACUUAUUGCAUGCGAUAUAUUGAAUUUGGUAUUGAAAUGGCCUGAGGAUGAGGCAAGAUCCAAGGAGCAGGCAAGUGUGACACAAACUGCAAGUGCUAAUGCCCCUCAUGGAAUGGAAUUUGAUUUAGAAGAUUUCUUUGUUCAGUCAAAAUCACAUAAUGUUGUUGGUCCCCUAAAAGAAAUUUUCACAUCAACACAUCAUGUAGAAGACGUGCAGUGGCAUGCUCCUGCUGAUUCCAUGCCACAGGUAAGUUUGAGUGAGAUUAAAAUAGACCUCUUUGGUGCACAGCAAGGGAGGCAGACUCAAACACAUGCCGGAGACGAUCCCUUUGGUGAUUUUAAAAGUGUUAAUUCAACUCUUGACAAUUCUGAAUCAAAGAGUCAAGAAGUUUUCACAUUAACGGAUCUCAUAGAAGACGUGAAGUGUCACGCACCUGCUGAUUCAAUGCCACAAGUAAGUUUGAGUGAGAGUAACAUGGACCUUUUUGACGCACAGCCACAGAGGCAGACUCAAACACAUAUUAGAGAUGACAAUAUCUUUGGUGAUUUGAAAAGUGCCAAUUCAACACUCUAUAAAUCUGAAUCAGAGAAUCAAGAAGUUUUUGCAUCAACGCAUCACACAGAAGAACUGAAAUAUCAUGCUCCUGCUGAUUCUAUGCCACAAGGAAAUUUGAGUGAGAAUAGCAUGGAUCUUUUUGGUUCACAGGCAGGGAAGCAACAGAUUCAAACACAUGCUAGAGAUGAUGAUCCCUUUGGUGAUUUGAAAAGUGCCAAUUCAACACUCAAUAAAUCUGAAUUAGAGAAUCAAGAAGUUUUUGCAUCAACACAUCACACAGAAGAACUGAAAUAUCAUGCUCCUGCUGAUUCUAUGCCACAAGGAAAUUUGAGUGAGAAUAACAUGGAUCUUUUUGGUUCACAGGCAGCGAAGCAGCAGAUUCAAACACAUGCUAGAGAUGAUGAUCCCUUCGGUGAUUUUAGAAGUGCAAAUUCAAUACUUGAUGAUUCUGGAUCAAAGAAUGAAGAAGUUUUCACAUCAACACAUCACAUAGGAGAUGUGAAGUGGCAUCCUCUUGUUGAUUCCAUGCCACAAGUAAGUUUGAAUGAGAGUAGCAUAGACCUUUUCAGUUUGCAUCGAGGGAGGCAGCAGACUGAAACUCAUACUAGAGAUGAUGAUCUCUUUGGCGAUUUUGAAAGUGCCAAUUCAACACUUGGCAAUUUCGAAUCAAAGAAUCUAGAUGUUUCAGCAGCUUCAUUCAAUGAUUAUCCCUUUAAUUUAAUGGAAGAAACAAAUUCAUUGGACUGGAACAUAACCCGCCAUUCCACUUUUCAUGGCCAAGAUUUAUUUGCAGACACAGGGAAUAGUAUGGAACAUGUCACACCCAUGCAAGGAAGCUGGAUUCAAGAUGAUCCUUGGUCAGCUGUGAUAACCGAGGAAAAAAUCAUAGGAAGUUCUAAUGAUCUCAAGAAAAGUUCCGAUUUGCAGCUAGACUGGCCAGGAAAAAAUCUUUUGAUAGACACUCUAGAUCCAUUUGCUGGUUCCAUUUGGGAGCAGCGUGAUAUUUCACAUCAUGAUGAAUCAACUACAGAAAUGAGUAGAAGUCAUACACCAGGUGAAAAUGGAGGGGAGGAACCUGAUGUUCUUUUUGCAACAGAUCUGGCCUCCCAGGCAUUAGAGUUAGACAAGGAGACUACAAGUAUGAACAGCAUCUUAACUGAAACUAAUAGAUUCAACAGGGUAGAAUCUAGGGAAGUUGAUCAUCAAACCAAACCUAAUUCUGCUUCUCUAGAGAUGGAGGACAUGUUGGCUGCAAUGCCAAAAGGAUCUUCAAAUGAUGACUCUGGACAUGUUUUAGAAUCCUUGCUUUCUGAAAUGCAUGAUCUUUCGUUCAUGCUUGCAGAUCAUCUUGUGAUACCUGAUAGAAACGGGAAGCAUUCAAUAUACUAAAUUACAUUGUUAUUUUUGAGUUUUCUUUUGUAUUGUUUAUUUUAUAAUCUUCUACAGUGCAUUUAAUUAUUUAAAUGGCCAGUUUGAAUUGAAGGCCAUAUGUAUUGUAGGGCUGAAGUGUCGGGUAGUUGUUCUUAUCAUAGAGAUUAGUUCUAAUAGAGUUGGGUUUGAUUGUGUCUAGGUUUUUAUAGGUUCAUUGGAUUGCUAUGUGAUUCAUCAGGUGAUCUGAAUAUAUAAAUUGUCAAAGAAAUUUCAGUAUA